AUGCCGAACGACUUCCUUGUGGUAGCGGUGUCCUCCGAGUUCUACUCAUCAGAGAAGCAAGCUGACUGGGAGAGAAUCGUGGGUGGCACUAAGGCCGCUAACGGUUCCUACCCCUACCAAGCUUCACUGCGGGUCUAUGGAGUGUGGCACUUCUGUGGGGCUUCGAUAUUGACUCCUAGGGUCAUCCUCACAGCGGCACAUUGCGUGGAACGCAUGCGCCCCCAAUACCUGAAAGUGGUGGUCGGCACCAACCAACUCCUCGCCGGCGGGACCCAGUACGGAGUCCGCAAGAUCGUCUACCACGAGAAGUACGACAACUACGAGAUUGUCAACGAUAUAGCCAUCGUUUUCACUCAGGAGGAGAUUGAGUUCAGCAGCACGGUGGACGCCAUUGAGCUAAACGAUGAGCCUGUGGAAAAGGGCGAGGAUCUUAUUUUGACUGGAUGGGGAACAACUUCUUAUCCUGGCCGCCUGCCCAACGACCUCAUGCAGCUGGAACUGAAAGCCAUCACAUACGAAGAUUGCAAGAAAGCCCAUGAGAACAUCAACGCCGUGUACGAGACUCAGAUCUGCGCGCUGACUAAGAGGGGAGAGGGGGCUUGUCAUGGUGACUCUGGAGGACCCUUGGUCCGCGAGGGUCGGCAGAUCGGUGUCGUUUCGUGGGGCAUUCCUUGUGCCAGGGGCAAGCCUGACGUUUACACUAAGGUGGAAGCGUUCAUGGGCUGGAUAGAGAAGACCCUCGGCGAUGAUGACGAGGACCACUGGAGGUUCGUCAAUAAGAAGAUGGAGGAAAACGGGCGGAGGAGGACCAACAGGCACCGGAGCUGAGUUGUUUAAUAAGCUUCAAUUGACUUCAACCAUUUCGUUAAAUCAAUAGACUAAGUAUACCUAAGCAAGAACGAUUUAA